AUGAGUGGAAAAAUAGUAAAAAUUUGUGGUUUAAAGGAUGCAGAAUCUGCCAGUGUGGCUAUAAAGCGGGGAGCAAACCUUUUGGGCGUGAUAUUAGUGCCGAAUAGGAAACGAACAGUUGAGGAUGAUAAAGCUAGAGAAAUAUCAAAUCUAUGCCGGCAACAGCGUAAGAGGCUGAAUAGACGAUUUCAGACAAGCAAGGAACUCAUAAAUUAUGCACGAACAUUAUCCAGCACAGGUGCACUAUGGUUUGAAGACUGUUCAAAACUCAUAAUAGAGAACGGUCCGUUUUUGGUUGGCGUUUUUAGAAAUCAACCACUAGAUGAUGUGAUAAGCAUAUGCAAGCGACUAGAUAUCGAUAUUGUACAGCUACAUGGAUCAGAGAAUCUCGAGGAAUAUGUUCCGGCUUUAGAAUUGCCCGUUAUUGCACGUUUCACCCCGGGUAGAAGCGAUUUGUCGAAGGCCGUGCAAACACACAAACAUUUACUUCCACUUUUGGAUUCAGAGGCAGGAGGGCAGGGAAAGGUGAUUGACUGGGCUGAGGCAGCGGAGUUUAAUAGAGAUCUAGAUGGACAAUUUAUACUAGCAGGUGGAUUGACGCCGGAGAAUGUGGAUCGGGCAUUGCUGGUGUCCGGGUGUUUGGGUGUUGAUGUGAGUGGAGGAGUCGAGACGGAUGGAAGUAAGGAUCACGAGAAGAUUGGGAGGUUUUUAAGGAAUGCGAGAAAGGAAGUGCUAUGA